UGCCUUCCAGGCACCCGGACUAAGAUGCAGGAAUCCUUAUUAAUUCAUUUGGGGAAGGCUGGGAACCGAUUUGUAUGGCUACGAGGCUCCCCAGGGACCGGGAAAACAGCGAUAUGCAAAAGCAUUGCGUCCACUCUGGAUGAGCGAGGUACUCUGGUGGCAUCAUUCUUCUGGGAUAAGAACCAAAAGGGCACAGGCCUCGAUUCUAUCGAAAUGUUCGCCUCCACUCUUGCAUACCAGCUUGCACGCUUCAGUGAGGACUUCAAGAUUUCGCUUGUCCAGCACCUUCAGGAGCAAGCUCUUGAAAAGGUCCAGAGUCUGCCUCUAGAAGAACAAAUGGAGGCGCUGAUCAUUAAACCGAUGCGUGGCAUCAAGGACAUGUUUACGUCACGAGCACGAGAAGAGCGUCUGGUCAUUGUCCUGGAUGCAUUGGACGAGUGU